AUGGACUAUAAGGAGGAACAGGAGCAGGAAUUGGAGGUGCUAAGGUCGAUAUAUCCGGAGGAAGUGGAGGUUCUGUGUGGGGAGUAUCCCAGGAUAAGAUUCCAGGUGGAUUUGAAGUUGGAGGUGGUGCCCUUGGAGAGGUCAUCUUUUACCUGUGAUACGAUAAGUAAGGAGCAUCAUCUUGUGUUGGAGUUUCAGCUGCCUGAAAGGUAUCCGGAGGAGGCGCCGGAGGUUAAGAUUGAGCCAUAUGUGGUUUCGAUGGAGGGGGGAGGAGAGGAAGGAGAAGGAGAGGAGGAGGAGGAACAGGAAUACGAUGAUCAUGGGAAUCUUAUUGUGGGGAAGGUAGAGAAUAUCCCAGAUCUGAUUACUUUUAACGAGUACGUUCCAAAGCUGAUGCUGGAUGUUCAUCGACAGGUGGAGGAGGACAUGCUGCUUGGGAUGCAGAUGUGUUUUGCAUUAAUCUCUUCGAUCAAAGAGCUAAGUGAAGAUUGGUUUCAAAGGAAACUGGACAGUCUGGAAAAGGAGCAUGAGCGAAGGCUGCGUGAGAGAGAGCUGGAGGAGCAGAAGAAAUUCCGGGGCACCAAGGUUACUAGAGAGUCGUAUUUGGCUUGGAGGUCCAAAUUUAGACAAGAAUUGGGGCUGGAAGAGAGAGAUGCUGAGAGAAGAUUACAGGCACAUUGCGGCAGAAUAACUGGCAGGAAACUAUUCGAACAGGGCUUGGACGGUGAAGACGAUGCAGAUGGCGUUGGAUACGAAGAGGAGCUGUCGCAAGCUGUUCGGGAUUUGUAG